AUGGUAAUUUCUUUCCGUAUUUUUAAAUCUCAUGUUAAACGUAUUUUGAUUAACCCAGGUAGUUCGGCCAACAUUAUCCGAUGGAGAGUAGUGGAACGACUGAGGUUACUGGACCAAAUUAUACUGGGAGCUUGGGUUCUCAGUGGAUUCAAUAUGGCGAGUGAAACUACUAAGAGAGAAAUUUCUUUGCCGGUCAACAUCAACAAAACUAUUCUGCAAACUGUGUUCUAUGUCAUUGAGGGCGAGAUGAAGUAUAAUGCUCUAUUCGGCACACCGUGGAUUCAUAUCAUGAGGGCAUUACCAUCGACGCUGCAUCAGAUGUUAAAAUUCCCAACUCCGGAAGGGAUAAAGACAGUCCAUGGUGAACAACCCGCAGCAAGAGAAAUGUUCACGGUCGAGGAGGCGCCCCUUAUCCUAGAGAAAUGGGUCCAAAGAGCUGUUGAAUCAACCAAAGGCAAAGAUACUCAAUAG